GGAAGUGUUCUUUGCGAACCACAGAUUGCAGGUCCGAUUGCAAAGUGAUAUUGUCACGGUGGGAAGGAGUUUACGCCGGAAUUUGGGGGCUAUCCUGAUACAAACUAUAAAUAUUUCCACUCUGCAUCACAUUUUGGUUCUGGUCAGUUUUGUCCGUGGCGUUAUCUGUUGGACAUCCGUCAUCAUAAAUUGAUCCGUUGUCCCGACAGUUCUCAAUCACUAUUAUUCCUUCUUGUCUUUCGUUUAUGUAUAGGGAACCACUUUCGACACCUUCUUAUUAUUCCUUAUGUCACAAGUAUCCAAGUUGUUAUCUCUAACCAACCUCAUGAACGAUAAACAAGCCGAAGACCUGGCUUUGUCGUCAUCCCCAUCCACCCAGCCCAAAUCCUUCAUCUCCAAAGACUACAUCAAGGACUCCGCUCACCAGCCGAGAUCCCCCGCCAUUGACCAGAAGGAGCAAGACAAAAAGGAGUUGAAGCCUUCACCCACCAACAAGGAGUUUCUUGACACCCUCAAGACCUUCAACAUCGAGAAGUCCAGGUACAAGCACUAUGGCUACCAGUCGCUGAUGACCUCCCAGCAGUUGGACAAGAUCGUGGACGAAGCUAAGAAAUCCUCGACUCCAACCUCCAACAAUAGAUUAAUUAUAGAUGAGAGGAUUUCCGAGAUCCUUGGUCUUCCCCAGCAAGUGGUGGAAGAGGAAGACUUCUGGCCCUACAACGUGGAGACCUUGAACGAAAUCCUCAGAUACAAGGUGGAGCAGGAGAAAACUAGACAGGAGUCUGCCAAGAACGAGUUCGGGUGCACUGCCAUCGAGCUCUUGAAAAUAGCCAAGUCCAUGAACAUCAACGGCGAUUUGAUACCCUUGUUAUUUGUUUCACCACAAUUCACUAUUAACGAUUUGAAAGACAAGAUCCAUAAAUUGAGAAAUGAACCUGACGAGAUAAUACAUGAAAUACUACACAAGUCUAAGGAGCCUCCGCUCGAGGUUCCCAAAACCACCCCACCGAACGGCAAGAGAAAAUUCUCUGAUACCCAGUUGCCUUCUUUCUCGGAAACCGCUGAAAGCAUAAAGACCAUUGUUUCUCCCUUAAGAUCGCCAAACAAGCUGCCUGUCACCAGCCACAGAAGAGUGGUCUCUGACAGCAGCGAGGUGACCAACAGAGGAAGCAACACUACCUCCCCUCCCACCUACCAAUUACCAUUGCCUCCAUCUGCACACCCACCCCAGCAUCGUUCCCAACAGCACCUGCCCCAGAUUCCUGCCCAGCCACCCAUGUAUCCUGUGUAUUAUAGCCCUGGUCCUGGCCAACCGCAAGGUGGUGCUCCUGGAUACCCUGCGCACCAAAUGGGGCCUCCAGCCUCAGGGCAGCCUACUCAGGAGCAGCAAGGCAAGGCAUUGGGGUCCCCAUAUUCCCAGAAGUACAACCAGGUAAUGUACGAUGGUGCAUCUCACCACGGACAGUACGGCCCAGGAGCACCAGGCUACGUUGCUCAGCCGCAAUACCAGUACUUUGUGCCACCCGGGUCCAACCCAGGAGGCCCACCCUCGCAAUACAUGAUGCCAGUACCUGCUGGGAUGGGAAUGGCUCCACCUUCACAUGCUCAGGUUCCUACCCACCAAUUUGCAUCUGAAUCCACCAGUAGAUCGAGCCCCCAAGAUGACAUCAGCCCCUACAAGAAACAGAAAUCCACUGGAAAAACCAACAACAUCAAUUUCAUGAUCACCACGCCCAAAAACCCCCCUGCCCGGAAGUACAACAAUCCCAACAAGGAGAAGUAACUAUUCAAUUCUAAAUGUAACAUAUUUUUCUCUUGGAUUAUAAUUAUAGAAAUAGCAAUGCACAUCGAAAAUUACUG